CCCCCUCCGGCAGCACCUCCGGUUGACGGUCUGGCUGCCUGUGAGAGAGCUGGCGAAUGUUUGGAAUUGUUGUGAUGGGAGGCCGCAGCCAUCUUGGAUGAGCGCCGCUCCGCACCGAGCACCAACGGUCGAAGAUAAACGGCGGAGGAGCCAUUCGAGUCGAGCUAGCUAGCUAGCGUUAGCCGCUUGCUGCUCGGAGAGAUUAACCACAACCUGCGUCGCCUCGCGCUGCGACUAUGCUGCGUUUGCGCUGCUUUAUGUAGUCCAGUCGACGCCGUGCGCGCACAAGAAAUGGGAACGAGUGGUUUCCAACGUUUCGGGGCUGUUAUUUAGGAGAGAGGGCGGAGGCGUCGCUGAUCCUCGGUGUAUAUUUUUACAUUUCUGGAUAGAGGAGUUACUAUGAAUGGAGGAUAAAUGUUGCCGAAGGCUGACAGCAGCAGUUUGGUCCUCCUCUUCUCUCUUCUCUUCGUCCUCACGUUAACGGACCCACCACGGACAGGUCCACGGCUAGCUGUGGCAAGAUUAUUGUCAGAGCCGCGCUGCAACCCCGGGCAGUUCGCCUGCCGCAGCGGGACGAUAAAGUGCAUCCCCAUGUCCUGGCAGUGUGACGGCUGGACAGCAUGCGAGGACAAAAGCGACGAGACGGACUGUCCCCUUUUAAAGGAGGAGAGGUUCCGUUUUGAGAAUGGAUACGACCAGGUAGAAGACGUUAUGGGCGUGGCUCAGCCUAUGCGCUUCAACAAGAAAUGUCCCAGCGGCUGGCAUCACUACGAGAAGACGGCCAGCUGCUACAAAGUCUACCUGAAGAACGAGAACUACUGGCAGGCUGUGGAUACGUGCCAGAAGGUCAACGGCUCUUUGGCCACGUUUGUGACCAACGAGGAGCUCCAGUUCAUACUGAAGAUAGAGGUGGAUUUUGAUGAAAAUGUGUGUGAGCUUAGAGACCAAUGCCGGUUUUGGGUUGGCUAUCAGUAUGUGAUCACCAAUCGAAGUCACACCCUGGAGGGCCGUUGGGAAGUAGCGUACAAAGGCUCCAUGCAGGUGUUUUUGCCGCCUGAAGGGCUGAAAAAGUUUGGGGAGACCUCUCCAUCUCAGGACAACGUCUUCUGCGCCCAGCUGCAACGCUUUCAGAUCAAGAGCAUGAAUGAACGAGGCCUGCACAGCUGGCACGCCGAGAACUGCUACAAGAAGUUCCCCUUCCUGUGCAAGAGGAGGCAAACGUGCGUGGACAUAAAAGACAACGUAGUAAAUGAGGGCUACUACUUCACCCCGAAGGGAGACGACCCGUGUCUGAGCUGCACGUGUCACGACGGCGAGCCGGAGAUGUGCGUGGCGGCCCUGUGCGAGCGGCCGCAGGGCUGCAAUCACUUUCGAAAGGAUCCUAAAGAGUGCUGCAAGUUCACCUGCCUGGAUCCCGAUGGAAGCAGUUUAUUUGAUUCGAUGGCUAGUGGGAUGAGGCUGAUCGUCAGCUGCAUCUCGUCCUUUCUCAUCCUGUCGCUGCUGCUCUUCAUGGUGCACAGACUUCGGCAGAGAAGACGCGAACGCAUCGAAACACUGAUCGGAGGCAACUUGCACCACUUCAACCUCGGCAGACGAGUCCCGGGUUUCGACUACGGCCCGGACGCCUUCGGCACCGGCCUCACCCCGCUGCAUCUGUCUGAUGACGGAGAGGGAGGCGCCUUUCAUUUCCAGGAGCCCCCCCCGCCGUACGCCGCCUACAAGUACCCUGACAUCCAGCACCCGGAUGACCCCCCUCCGCCGUACGAAGCCUCCAUCAACCCAGACACCUUCCUCUACGUGGACUUCGGACACGGCGGCGUUCCCGUGGUGCCGAGCCAGAUGAGCGCUAUGGGGGGCGGGCUGGAGGUGGAGCUACCCGCCUCCCCCGCUCCAGUGCCAGACUCUGUGCCAUCUUCUCAGGAGAGGGAGGACUCCAUAGACAGCAGCACCCUCCUGGUGGGGCCGGACACGCCCACAGAUGGCCACGCCCCCGCCCCGCUGCCCACAGACUGCAUGACCUCCCUCAGCACCGUCGUAUAGGAGCGCCGGGAUGUCCUGGAGCUGCAGACCGUUACUGUCGGCCGCCGGGAGGAGACUCAUGGUUUGUACAGACGUACGAGGAGGAGCGGCUACCGGGGUGUUCUUUGUUUGUCUUUUCCUGAGGGAGCAGCUGGGACCGAUCCUGUACUCAAAACCACCCCCAAUAAGACGACAGGGCUGCACCCUCGUUUUUUUGUGACGCUAAGAAGCAGCUUAGUCGCUGCUGUAAACGCUCCCCUGGGAUCAGACUUUCUAAGACUUGUGUGCUUCAGUCCCACAGAGAGAAACGACGAGCCCGACUUCUGUCGCCUGUCCGCUUUUCGUUCGCGUCCCACUUUGACAAAAAAAACGCAGCAACUCUAUCGACGUCCGAAGCUACCCGAACAUCCACGCCGUCUGCCGCAGCACGACCCCCCCCCCCCCCCCCCCCCCCUUCAUUUUUACUAUCUGACCUAAGCAGCUGUCUUCCAGAUUUAUAGCGCCGGUUUGCAGAAGAAGAUAUUUUCUAGCUCAGAGGUUGAAUUUCCCAGAUGGUGUUGGUAGUUUGUCAUCGUUUGGGUUUUUAUCGGGUUUUGCUGCCAAAAAAAAAGCUUUAGAAAUCAGAAGACCUGUGGUGACGCCGAUUAUCAGUGUGGUGUUGUGUUUAUGCUUCAUUUGUGACGCCGCGGGUUGUCAUCUCGGCUGAUCUAGUCAGAAACAUGUAAGCUGAUUUAGAUUUUUCAUCGACGCUGCGACGAAGUCCUGGUUGUUUUAUGGGUAAAGAUUAGACAUACAAGUUUAAAUUUAUUUAAAAUGUGACUCGGAUCGACUGCUCCAAUCAUGAAUUAAGUCACGCCAUCAUUCAAAUUAUGUAUUCUUUGUUGUUGAACCGUUUCAAAACUCCGUUGUUUGCCGUCUUCACGCUUUUAUUUGUGAGGGAAACUCACCGAUUGUCACGUAUGGGAGCUGCCUCUCCAUCCCACACUGUGCCGACCCGGCGUGGGCUGGUGUACGAGUCGCUCCAGUAAAAAUACACGCUCCAGUAAAAAUACACGCAAGAUUAUACUACACACAGUUCUGAGAUAAAACUGCACCCUAUACCUCGAUUUAAUUGGUUUAAGUGAAAGCAUAACCCUGCUGUUGCUCAAAUAAACCAACAUAUCGGUUAUCACAGCUGUAAUAAUGUUUUAUAUAACAUUUAUUACGAUUUUUAUUCUGUGAAAUCUUGGCAAAAAA